AUGGCAGAUCCGUUUGCGAAUCUUUUCUCGACUUUCAAAGGUGUUGAAAAAAAUGAGAGGACCACAGAUCAACAAGUAGGUGAUAAUCAAAAAAAACAAUCAGCAGUGUCUGAAAGAACCGGUUCCAAAUCCCCGGUUUAUACUGAUGUAGAUCAGCUGCUAGGUACGCUAGAUACGCGAAAACCUCAAAAUGACAGUCAAACGGUUCCAGACGAGUUGGACAACGCUUUUGACGUUUUCAAUUCCCCCAGCCCGCCACAAUUGGAUGAGCCAUCUAUUGAGUCUGUAUACCAGCCAAUAAAUUCGCAACCGCCAGUAGUAGAUGAAGUGAAAGAUAUGGAAAUAGCCAAACUCAUGUCGCUGGGGAUGAGUUUAGAAAAAGCCACAAGUUAUUACGAUCGGGGCAUGAUGUAUGAUCGUGUAGUGGACAGACUUAAAUCUCAAAGAAAAAGCGACCCAAGACCGCCCGACCGGGCUCCAAGUGAAGAGCCGGAUCUUUUCUCGCUCGCAUCAGGAUGGCUGUCAAAAGGACGGACUUUUUUGGACUCAACCUUCAAACAGACUUCCAGUCCUCACGUUACGUCUUUCAGUCAACACAUUUCAGCGCGCAGAGAACCCGAGAGAAUGCAAGUGGAAAGUCACGAUUCUUUUCGCUCCAAAGUUGUUGAGCAAAGAUUCUCAGUAAGUCCAGAAGAGCAGUCAUUGCCAACCUUUCCUCCUAUGGGAGAUAAUCAUGAACAUUACGAAGCGUCCCAGGCAACAAGUGCGAAACAAGAUCAUGAUGCGACUGGUCCAACAACUCAACCGGAAGAACAAGCAGAAAACUUGCUCGAUUUCGACUUUGAUUCGUCCUCUGAACCUAAGCAAAGCAACACCACUAACGAAGUCCAUUUGUCGCCCAUUGAGCUUCAUAGUUAUCAAGAAUUUAAAAGCAAAGCAUCUGAAGCUUUUGUGGCUGGCGAUUACGAUCUUUCUUUACAAAAUUACGAGAAAAGUCACAAUAGUUUGCCCUCAAACCAUCCUUGGCAAACUAUUUCACUUUCAAACAUGAUAGUAUCUCAAUUGAAGUUAGGCCAAUACCGACCUGCUCUUCAAAAUGCAAGCGAAGCAUUGAGCCUAGUGCCGCUGCAUCGUUUAGAUCAGGAAAUUCCACUUUUAGCACCAGUGAAAACCUUCAAAAGCAUGUGGACAAAGGUCAUGUUGAACAAAGCUGAAGCGCUUGAAGCAAUUGAAGACCAUAAAAAUGCUUUACUCGCAUACCAAUCACUCAUAGAAAAGGGAGUUACAUCUAAGAAAGUUCUAGAUGGCAGGUUGCGUUGCCAGAAAACUUUGGAUCCGGAGAAAUUCAAAGCUGCUACGAAAUCAAAAGUUAAACCUGUUCAUAACACUGAAAGAAAAACAAGCUCUGCCACUCCUCGUAACGACAUUAAAACCAAAUCAGCUCAAGAGAAGCAGACCAAUGCUUUGGAGGAUCAACGUUUUCUCCUCCAUGAUCAGGUCGAGCAGCGUGUACUUGCUUGGUCAAAAGGCUAUGAAAACAAUCUCCGGGAACUGCUUGCUCGUUUACAAAUGAUAGUCGAUUGGUGCGAUUGGAAAGAAGUACCUUCUUCUACUUUAGUCAUGCCCAAGAAAGUCAAAAUUACUUAUCUGAGAGCAGCAUCUAAAACACAUCCUGACAAGAUACAGGAUUCUUGGCCAAUGGAAAGAAAAAUGAUCGCUGAACAUGUCUUCACGAUUUUGAGUAAAGCCUGGGAAUUUUUCAAAGAGGAGCACAAAAUAUCAUAA